AUACACAUAGGGGUGCUAAGUAUAGACGAAAAAACUAAAAGAGUCUUAGGGUGUAAAGGCCAUGGAUUCUCAGGCUCUGCGAUCAAAACAAGAUGAUGCUAAGCUUCACAUAGUCUUGUUUCCAUGGCUGGCUUUUGGCCACAUGAUACCAUACUUGGAGUUGGCCAAGCUCGUUGCUCAGAGGGGUCAUCAUGUCUCCUUCGUUUCCACCCCUAGGAACAUCGAUCGCCUCCCAAAGCUGCCUCCUAAUUUAACACCUUUCAUCUCUUUCGUAAAGAUCCCCUUACCCCAUGUGCCAAACCUGCCGGAGAAUGCUGAAGCCACAACGGAUCUUCCGGAGAACAAGGUCCCGUUCCUGAAGCAAGCCUACAAUCUGCUAGAAGAAGGCAUAACUGGCUUCCUGGAUGCUGCGGCUCCCGAUUGGGUUCUUCAUGAUUUUACUGCUUAUUGGUUGGUGCCUAUCGCCACCAAACUGGGUAUAGCAUGCGGAUUUCUGAGUAUAUUCACAGCGUCUGCUCUGUGUUUUUUCAAUCCUAGCGGUCAAGAUCAUCGUACGGAGCCGGAGGAUUUCACCGUUGCCCCCAAAUGGGUGCCCUUUCCUUCAAGAGUAGCGUUUCGGUACUUCGAGGUCGUGAAGAUCUUCAACAAUGCUAUAGCGGGUGAUGCUUCCGGUACCUCGGAUAUGCACCGGUUCGAGGCCUGUCUCAGAGGCUGUGAUCUGUUGGCCGUGAGAAGUUGCACGGAGUUGGAACCCGAGUGGUUGCGCCUUCUGGAGCAGCUUUACCAGAAACCAGUCGUUCCGGUGGGUCAGCUCCCUCCCAUCUUGCCUCACGGUGGGGACGAUGACGAGGAUGAGACGUGGCUGGAAAUCAAAGGUUGGCUGGACAAACAAGCAGGAGGAUCGGUGGUGUAUGUGGCAUUCGGGAGCGAGGCCAAACCCAAUCAGACUGAACUCACCGAAAUCGCACUUGGAUUGGAGCAGUCCGAGUUACCCUUCUUCUGGGCGCUAAAAUUGAAGCGCGGGCCUUGUGAUAUUGAGGUGAUCCAGCUGUCAGAAGGAUUCGAGGAGCGAACCAAGGGUCGCGGGGUGGUGUGCACGAGUUGGGCGCCUCAGCUCAAGAUACUGAGUCACCCUUCCAUCGGUGGGUUCUUGAGUCACUCAGGGUGGACCUCUGUGGUGGAGGCACUACAGUUGGAGAGACCUCUAAUUCUGUUGACCUUUUUAGCGGAUCAAGGCUUGAACGCUAGCUUUUUACGGGAGAAGAGGAUGGGGUACUUGAUCCCCAGAAAUGAGGAAGAUGGGUCGUUUACAAGGGAGGCAGUGGCCCGGUCCCUGAGGCUGGUGGUGGUGGAGGAAGGAGACAAGUUUUACAGGGACAAAGCCAAGGAGAUGAGAGCAGUGUUUGGAGACAGGGACAGACAGAACCAGUACGUGGAUACUUUGGUGAGUUGCCUGAAAGAGCAUAGGCGGCAUAUCCAUAAAGCAGCACGCGCCAACUGAAGCUAAUGGAAUGGAGGAUGUGAAGGGAUCAAUUUGUCAAACGCUUGGCACCAUUUAAGCUUUUCGAGUUUAGACUUCAGAGCAUUUUGACUAGUGACUAGUAUGAGGUGAUAUGUUGCAACAAAAUAAACCUGGUUUCUUCCUCAAGUGGUUUGUUUCAGUUGA